UCCAAGUUACUGAGUGUUGAUUCGACUUCACUGUAAGAGAGGCAGUGUGGCUCAUUUGGAAUUUGACACCCAUGGGAGUCAUAGACCAAGGAUUCUGGGCUGACCUGGUGGUGCAAAGACCUGUAAGGGACACCAACAGAAAUCUUAGAGCAGCCCUGAGUGGGCCACCUGAUGACCCGACCCCACACCCAUGUCAAUCACACAGGCUGGACGGUGAGAAGACUGGAGCCGUCCCGCUGUUCUCAGGAGUGUUCCUAACCCUUGUGGGUGUCACUUUCACCACCAUGGGCUGGCAUCACUACCAAGCCACCACCAACUUUGAUUGCACAAAGUCGGAGGCUCUUUCAUGCUCACCAGUGUCUGCAAGUUUGGGAUCAUCUCCUGCUGGACCUGCCAACGGUGGGACGGAGAAGUGCAUGUGAUGGAGCACACCUCAACGGGACAUUCUUUUACGUUAAGCGGCAUAAA